CGCGUAGUCCCUCACCACUACCUCUGCAAACCAUGGCUAUGCGGCUAGCUGUAGGCCGGCCAUUGGGCGCCGCCGUCCGCGCCUCGAGCUGCUCCCGCAAUGCGAUGCGCACCUUUGCCUCGACGGCACUCCGGCCCAAGGAAGUUGCGGGACCUGCUUCCGACACACCAAACAUGCGGUUUGCUCCCCGCGACACGGUUGGCAAGCUUAAGGCCCCCGUUGUCAACCCGACAGAGAGCCUCAAAGAGAAGGGCGAGGCACUCCACAAGUACGGACAGUACAUUAUGUCAUGUCUGCCGAAAUAUGUCCAGCAAUUCUCUGUCUGGAAAGAUGAAUUGACCAUCUAUGUCCCUCCAUCCGGUAUCAUCCCCACCUUCACCUUUCUCAAGUACCACACCGCGGCCGAAUACACUCAAAUCUCAGACAUUACUGCUGUCGAUUACCCCACCAAGGAUCAGCGAUUCGAGGUCGUGUACAACAUGCUGAGUAUUCGCCACAACUCGCGCAUCAGAGUCAAGACAUACGCCGAUGAGGCGACCCCAGUACCUAGUCUGUGCGAUCUCUACGAUGGCGCCAACUGGUACGAGCGCGAGGUCUAUGAUCUUUUUGGCGUCUUCUUUGUUGGACAUCCAGAUCUGAGGCGAAUCAUGACCGACUAUGGUUUUGACGGACACCCGCUGCGAAAGGACUUUCCAAUGACUGGAUACACUGAGAUCCGAUACGACGAGGAGAAAAAGAGAAUUGUCGUGGAGCCACUUGAGAUGACGCAGGCGUUCAGGAACUUCCGCGGUGGAUCAUCAGCAUGGGAGCAGGUUGGUCCAGGUGAAGAUCUCAAGCCGGAGAACUUCAAACUGCCAACACCCAAGCCAGAGCCACCGAAAGAAGAGAAGAAAUAGAAGACCUUGCGAGUUUGAGUUGUAAAUACCUACGAAUGAAUGGGCCGGUGCACCUUCGAAUAACUCGUGUCCAAGCGUUGACUUGUCGACUAGUAGUGACUUUCUGCCUUCACAAUGAUAUGAAAUCUCGGCACGGCGAGAGAUGACUGUUGUUAGAUUACACAAAAUAUCGAGUGAUAUCACAU